GUAUUCCCCAUCACAACCAAAAUGGCGGAGGACGGAGCCGGGUCGGCGCCUUGAACACAACUGGCUAUAGUAGUCUAUUUCUAGAUAUCAACGGCUCAUUCAAAUAUUGACUGUUUUUAAAAAUGCCAGUGUGUUUUUGAAGAAAUCCCGCCGAAGUUGGACGACGAGUGAUAUCGCGUUUGCUGGUGGUACCUACCCAGUGAUGGGAGAUGGAGGACAAGGGGCCUCGUGUAGCAGACUACUUCGUGCUGGCUGGUCUGACCGACUCCUCCACGCCUCUGGAGCAGGAGAUCCACUUCCACGAUGUCUGCCACAAGACGGCCAAACCCAAGCCGCCCAUCACCGACGUCGCUGUGGUGAUGCGCUCGCUGGGGGAAGAGGUGCCUCCUGGGUACACGUGCGUGGAAUCCACGCCGUCCGGCCUGUCAGCGGACCUGAACAACGGAAGUCUCAUGGCGCCACAGAUCUUCCUGUGUUACAGACGAGGACGAGACAAACCACCACUCACUGACCUGGGUGUUCUGUAUGAGUGGAAGGAGCGGUUGAAGCAGGGUUGCCACAUCAUCCAGACCACGCCCUCCGGACGCCCUGCCAACAUAAGCUCCACCUCCUCACAGAGGAUCUACGUGACGUAUCGCCGCGCCACGGAGAGCCAGACCUACGCCGCCCUGGCCGUCACAGACAUCUGUGUCAUCAUCCCCGGCAAGGGAGAGACGCCACCACACACCUUCUGCAAGGUGGACAAGAACCUCAACAGCAGUAUGUGGGGUUCCUCUGUCUAUCUGUGUUACAAGAAGUCUGUGGCCAAACCCAACACCAUAGCCUACAAGGCAGGUCUGUUUAGCAGGUAUCCUGAGGAGGACUAUGAGUCUUUCCCCCUGCCUGAGUCCGUGCCUCUGUUCUGUCUGCCCAUGGGGGCCACCAUCGAGGCCUGGCCGGCCCAGACCAAAUACCCCCUGCCUGUCUUCUCCACCUUCGUACUGACCGGAUCCUCUGGAGAGAAGGUGUACGGUGCAGCCAUCCAGUUCUACGAGCCCUACUCCCAGGACUGUCUGACCGACCAGCAGCGCUCUCAGUUGGGUCUGCCGGGGCUGGACCACGGGCCCUGUUCCCCAGCCUCAUCCCCAGCCACCUCCCCCUGCACCCCAGCUCCGGGCCCCAGAGCGCUACACACCAACAAGUGUAUCUGUUUGCUGUCUCACUGGCCCUUCUUUGACGCCUUCCGCAAGUUCCUCACCUUCCUCUAUCGAUACUGCAUCUCUGGACCUCACACCCUGCCCAUCGAGAAGCACAUCUCCCACUUCAUGCACAAGGUCCCGUUCCCCUCCUCUCAGAGGCCCAGGAUACUGGUGCAGCUCUCUCCUCACGACAGCCUGAUGUUGAGCCAGCCCGUGUCAUCCCCUCUACCACUCAGUGGUGGUCGGUUCUCCAUACUGCUGCAGAACCUCGGUCCGGAGAAUGCUAUAACGCUCCUGGUGUUUGCUGUGACAGAACAUAAGAUCCUGGUCCACUCUCUACGGCCCGCUGUUCUGACCAGUGUCACUGAGGCUCUGGUGGCUAUGAUCUUCCCAUUCCACUGGCCGUGUCCAUACAUCCCUCUGUGCCCGCUGGCUCUGGCAGGGGUCCUCUCCGCCCCCUGCCCCUUCAUUGUGGGUGUCGACUCACGCUACUUUGACCUUUACGACCCCCCGCUGGACGUCAGCUGUGUCGACCUCGACACGAACACCAUCUCCCACAACGGAGAUAAGAGGGCCCUGACCUGGAAGAUCCUGCCAAAGAAAGCCUGUAAAAACCUGAUGAAUGUGCUGAACAAUCUCUACCAGCAACUGGUGGACGGUCAGCAGCGUCCUGAUGGCCUAUUGGAGCUGAGUAUGAGUGACUGUACAGAGCUGGCCUGUGGGAAGAGCCUCCACAGCCUGGAGAUGGAGAUACAGGAAGCCUUCCUCAGGUUCAUGGCGGCCAUCUUGAAAGGCUACCGCUCAUACCUGAGACCCAUCACCCAGGCCCCGUCUGAGAAGACUACUGACGCCUCCUCUCUCUUUGACCUGCAAGGGUUCCUGAAGAGCAGAGAUCGGUCCCACCAGAAGUUCUACUCCCUGAUGACCAAGACUCAGAUGUUCAUCAGAUUCAUAGAGGAGUGCUCCUUCGUCUCAGACAAAGACGCCAGCUUGGCCUUCUUCGAUGACUGUGUGGACAAGCUCUACAGUGCAGACAAAGGAGGCAAGGUGGACAGCGAUAAGCCAGAUGAGACCAGGCUGAUAGAGAUUGACGAAUCACAGCGCAGCGAGCACACAGUCUUCAUCACACCCCCUGAACUACCCCAUCUGCCUGAUGGAGAGGAGCACCCACUCUGCUACAGCUAUGCAGGUUUCCCGGUGUUGAGUCUUGAUCUGUUUGACCCCAUGGAAGGCCUCCGACCCCCUGCCUCUCGGCUGGCUGCCCGACAGAGCUGCCCAACUAGCCCUGCGCCCAUGUUCAGACGCACCAAACAGGAGAUCAAGUUGUCUCAGAAGUUAGCCAAGAAGUACUCUUCCAUCCCUCAGAUGUGGUCCAAGUGUCUGCUGUGCCACUGCUACGGCCUGUGGUUCAUCUGUCUGCCGUCCUACGUCAAGGUGUGCCACUCCAAGGUGCGGGCGCUGCGCACCGCCUACGACGUCCUCAGGAAGAUGCAGGACAAGAAACUACAGCCUCCCGACGAGGUGUGUUACAGGGUCUUGAUGCAGCUGUGUGGUCAGUACGGCCAGCCAGUCCUGGCGGUCAGAGUUCUGUUUGAGAUGAAGAAGGCUGGAGUCCAACCCAACGCCAUCACCUACGGCUACUACAACAAGGCGGUGUUAGAGUCUACCUGGCCCUCCAGUACCAGAGGAGGUUACUUCAUGUGGAUGAAGCUGAGGAACGUGGUUAUGGGUGUGGCUCAGUUCAGACAGGCGCUACGCAAACAGCAGCCUCCACCCACUCAGAGCCCUCUGUCAGAUGGCAGCGACCUGGACGCUGUGAGUCACGGCAGCCUGGAUAGCUCUGCCGACACGAACACGGCCGAGCAGGGCCCCUACGCCCCUGACUCCAUCAAAGUAGACCCCACUGACGAUAGGCGUAGCACAGUCAGCCGCGGGGACUGGGGCGGUGUGGGGUCGGACACCCGGUCGGGUCACUCACACUGGGGGGGUUCUGACCUCCACUCCCCCCGCCACUCAGGUGAGCAGUCAGACCUGGGGUAUAACUCCCUCUCUAAAGAAGAGGUACGUAGAGGAGAGCACAGCCCGCUGGAAAGGGACAGCACCCAGGACAAGGACAACAAGAAGGAGAGUGACUGCAGCUCCUUGUCGGAGAGCACUGCUAAGAGCAGUGGAGACUGUCUCCCUCAACAGGACUUCCCAGAGGUCAACGGUCCAUUCAAGCGGCAUAAUUCCGGCAUCGUCCGCGGCAACUGUUCCUAUGCCGAUGUAGCCUGUGAGCCCAAGAGGUCAACCAGCACAGACCAUGUAGCAGGUCUCCUGUUGAGCUCCUCUCUGAAUGAUGUAGGUGUGGUUGAGACCAACAGUCUGAGGAGGAUACAUCUCAGUGCCCUUGAGGAGGGAGGUGUCAGUGGGAGUAGUGGAGGAGGAGGAGGAGGAGGAGACCAUGACUGGCAGGGUGUGCGAGGGUGCAGACUGAGUGGAGACAACAGGGUUGGCAGUGGUAGCAGUGGCACUCCAGUGUUGGGUCUGGGACUGCACCAGGGAGAGACUGACCCAGCCAGGAUAGCAGAGAACCUGGGGGCAGACACCAAGAUCCUCCAGGGGACCAGCUUCAGCCAGACCAACAGGCCGCGGUCGUUAGUCCUGGGAGGGUCAGAGGGGGUUGGAGCAGCCGGGGGAAGAACCAGGCGCUGCAGACGUAGAGACAGCCCUGAAGACGGAGAGGAGAGGGACUGGAGCGACGAGGACAAGAAUGACAAGAAUAAUACAGACGCCAUCUUUGAUCUGGAGGACCUAGAUCUGGACGGACCAACCACAGACAGCGUUGCUAAAACCAGCCAAUCACGGAAGAGGACGGUGGAACGCAGCGCCAGCUAUGGCGGUGUGGGUGUGGCCUCAGCCUCGCGGGGCACCGUUAAACGAACGGGGAUCGAGACAGGCUUCGACCCGCUGUCCCUCCUGGCGGCCGAGUCCAAGUCCCAGGGAGACAGAGAGGACGACCUGGAAGUGGAGAUGGAUGGGGUCGCGACCCCUACGGGCCGGCGCCAGGACCACCUGGCUAGGGAGAUAGAGAUGUACAUGAACCAUAUGGGUUCUCCGCUGAACAGCCGGACACCCAGUAUGGACCUCCAGGACCCCUCCAGCCCCCUGUUCCUCCACCCUCCUCCCCCACUUAUCACCACCCCUCGACGGGCCAGUCUCCCCCAUACCUCCCCUCUCAGGACAGGAGGAUUACCUCGCUCCAGGACCCACAACUCCCCCUCGCCCUCCCAGCCUGCCAGACAGAGGCUCUGGUCCUCACCCCCCUGUCCCCGCUCCACCCCCAGCCCACAGCCCAGCCCCUACCGGGAGAGGGAGAGAGACAGGGACCUGGGUUUGCUGUCCCCGUCUCUGUCCUCCUCUUCCUUCGCCCUGGAACAGCUCCUCACCCCCACCCUGGAUGUGUUUAAGAGCAGCGUGUUCUCGGCAGGGAAAGGUGUGGCAGAGAAGGCUAGCCGGUGGUACUCUCGCCUGGCCACCUCCUACACCGUGCCCACCAAGGAUGGUAACUGUGACCGUCUGAGUGUGUCCUCUCUGGGCAUGGACCCUGACUGCUCCUCCCUGUUGGAUGUGGAUGAGGAGGGCCUGGGGGACCCAGACGGCGGCUCCAUCACCUCCCCUCAGAGAAAUGGCCCCGGGCCCCGUAGGAGCCCAAGGAGAAGCCCAUCCAGACGCAGUCCCCUGAGGAGCAGACUGGACAGUUUCACACACAGACAGACAGGCUUUCCUCCCCCAGACUGCUCUGAUCUGGGCUCGUCUCGCUACACCAGCAAUACCAGUGUCUUCCAGAACUACGCCAUGGAGCUGUUGAUCUCCAGCUGUUCUCGCUGUAAGACGUGUGACGGUCUGGUGUACGACGAGGAGAUCAUGGCAGGAUGGACGGCUGACGACUCCAACCUCAACACCACCUGUCCCUUCUGUGGGAACCCCUUCCUCCCCUUCCUUAAUGUAGAGAUCAGAGACCUGAGAGGACCCGGGAGGUUCUACCUGAAGAGCAGUCCGUCAGCGGAUGAGGCUGUGUCAUCGUCCUACUCUGUGUCCACCGGUCUGGACACCGGGACGUCCACUCUGUCCACUCCCUGUCCCACUACUGUCCUAUCUCCUCUCUCACCCAGGAUCACUGUAGAGGGCUGCUCUGGUAACAACAGGCUGUCGUCGUCCAGGGCCCAGUGUAUAGAGAUCCCUACAGAGCGGCGUCAGGGGGCCCUGUCCCCAGGGUCAGCUAUGGUGCGGAGUGUCAGUGCCUUUGACCCCAUGGAGGAACCAACUCGACUCAGCCACAAUGUACCCACUUCAGGCAGCCUGCCCAGCCGACUCAACGAAGCCAGCGACCCCCUGAGUGUUGAUAUGGAGUGGCGUCUCCACCACCCAGAACCAAUCACAGUACCCUACCUGAGUCCCCUGGUGCUGUGGAAGGAGCUGGAGUCCCUGCUGGAGAACGAGGGAGACCCUGUUAUCACAGUGUCAGCCGUGGUGGACCACCAUCCUAUCAUCUACUGGAACCUGGUUUGGUCCUUCAGACGUCUGGACCUGCCCAGCAACCUGCCUGGACUCAUACUGACCUCAGAGCACUGUAACAGGGGAUCUACGGUCCCUCGCCACUGGAUGUCAGAGGACAGUAAACACGUGUUGAUCCAGAUCUUAUGGGACAACCUCAAGCUGCACCGGGAUCUCAUCCAGCCGUUCUACAUCCUGUGGAACACACAGAGGCUUAAUUGUGCUCUGUUGUUAGACAGUGUGGGCUACCCGUUGUGUCGUCCUGUGAGCGAGGCGGAGCGUCCGUUUGGGGAGGAGCUACUCCACAGCGUGGUCAAGAGCAUCCAGAGGAACGACGUCUCUCGGCCAAUGGGACAGCUCCUACAGCUGCUAGGGCAGAGCCUGGGGGUCAAGAGGCAAAGGAGUCUGUACAGAGACAUCCUCUUCCUGUGUCUGGUGGCUCUGGGAAAGGACAACAUUGACAUCGAUGCUUUUGACCGCGAAUACAAGAUGGCGUACGACCACCUCAGCCCCAACCUGGUGAAGCUGACGCACAACUGCGACCGUCCGCCCAGCGCUGGGGUCAUGGAGUGUCGCAAGACCUUCGGAGAGCCCUACCUCUAACCCCUGACCCCUUUACCCCUGACGUUUCACCUCCGUCACUCGGCCAGUGACCUCCUCCACCCGGCUAGCCAGUCCCCUCCGUCACUCGGCCAGUCACCUCCUCCACCCGGCUAGCCAGUCCCCUCCGUCACUCGGCCAGUCACCUCCUCCACCCGGCCAGUCACCUCCUCCACCCGGCCAGUCACCUCCAUCACUCGGCCAGUCACCUCCUCCACCCGGCCAGCCAGUCACCUCCGUCACUCGGCCAGUCACCUCCUCCACCCGGCCAGCCAGUCACCUCCGUCACUCGGCCAGUCACCUCCUCCACCCGGCCAGCCAGUCACCUCCGUCACUCGGCCAGUCACCUCCUCCACCCGGCCAGCCAGUCACCUCCUCCACCCGGCCAGCCAGUCACCUCCGUCACUCGGCAUAGCACAGCCGUGGGUAGCCCACAUGAAGAGAUCUUUUGUGUCCAUGAAAAGCGCAUGUAUAAAAAUCCAUGUAUUACAACGUUGGCUCUCCCGAAGAGGACUGAGGAGCUUUAAAGACGAGCUCAGGAAUCCCUUUUAGAAAGACGUACAGAAUGCGUGACGAUGAGCUUGUUGACACUGUGAUGUUUUGGGGUCAUGUCCGUCACCUGUGAGAGAUGUGACGGGGCUGACCAGAGACUAACGGAGCUGACCGACCAGGGGGUUAUUAUGUAGUCUGACCAGUCUCACAAAAGGGAUGUUGUUGUUUUUAUUUAAAUCCCAUCUCAUCACCUGGUCGUUAGCGGUUCUGGACGCACCCCUCUGGAUGGAUGGAGAUCAUACUCAGUAACGUAACAACGGUUUCACACACAAUGACGUCUUCUAUUUCGGGGUACUUAUGUUUUAAGAAAUCUUGUACAAAUUGUUAC